GCCACUGGCGAGAGCUGCACUUGUGUCCCAACACUCCUGGUGUCGUCUCUCACAGAUCAGCAUCGUCAGUACGCAGCUGAGCUCUGCUUCAUGAGUUACGAUACGCGCAAAAGCUUCCUGACUGAGCAGACGCAGAGGUAUUUCAGAUACAACUUCGCAUUCGAUCCCGAGUGGCCAGAGGAUCAAAGGCAAGAUUACGAGGCACAAGCAGAUACAGCGCUCAAGGUCCUUCGUGCGCUGUUCUGUGACCAGUUUGAAUUCUCCUCGCCUGGAAAUAUCAAACGAACCUUUCAGGAGAAUGUUCAAGACGUGAAUGCUGUGGUCGACAUUCUGACUAAGUGGUGCAUCACUCUCUUGGAAGGCUGUCAUGAUCACGCCACUCAGCCAACGAUGCGAUUCGAUGCAGAUUCUUCGGUCGAGCUGAGUGAGAUGAUUCAGCCUUACAUCUUUGAGCAGAAUGAUCUCGAGCAGCCAGCACUCUGGCCCCUUAUCGACCAUGUCCGAAAAGGCAUCCUCAGUUCGCCUAUGCUGGAAUUCCUGAACAUUCUGGAUCUUCCGGGCACCGCGGAUACCGAUCGCGUGCGCGCAGAAAUCGCGAACAAGUUCAUCAAGGAUAGUGACGGCCUAUGGCUCGUGACGACUGUCGGUCGACCCCUGUCAGAUGAGCCACUCAACAAGAAGCUCGCGACUUACGGAGAACGCUUUGGAUCCAACGUCGCGAUUAUCGCCACCCGUUCUGAUACAGGGGCGGACGACAGCCUCGCUAGGGACUUGGCAGAGAAGGGUGCUCAGCCCUCGACUGUAGCGGAGUAUUGGAAACAAUCGGCGCAGAUCAAGGACCUUACUGCGGCCAUUUCAAGUAUUGAUCAUAAGCUCAAGCGCCCUAGGGGAAAAAAGAGGCAGAAGACGCUGUCCGAUGCUGAAGAGACCACGCUCUACCGAGAGAAGGCGAAACUUGAGGAUGCUCUCCAGGAAACAAGAAAUGCGCAGCUCGAUGGGCUUGUCGAUAUGCGUAACUCUCGCAUUAGCGCUCGUCUCAAGGAGACCAAGAAGAAGUAUCUGAGCAAAGGGGCAGAGCUGGAAGUGUUCUGUGUAUCGAACAAACACUACAUGGCACACAAAGGAAUCGAGACCGCCGAGACGCGCUGCAUGAGCGUGGAGAUGACGAACAUUCCAGCUCUGCGCCGUUGUGCGCUACGAAUGGUUGCUCCCGAUCGGUUCAUUACUAUCGAUACCUACAUCAGCACGGCUCUGACAUUGGUUCGCGGAGCUUCGCUAUGGGCGGAUGCGACCAUCGUCGAGCAUCGAGCAACUCUGAUGCGCAUUGCUCGGCAGCCUAUUGCACUACUCGACAUCUUUCUGAACCAAUGGCUAGAGACUGCCGCAAAGCAAUGUAACAGCGACCUAAUCAGCCCUCUCACCGCGAAUCAAGACGAUUUCAUCAAGUCUGCUCUGCGCGUCCAUCAGGAAAUCCAGCAGUGGCACCCCAGUUCCAUCAGAGCCUUCUUCGCGAAAAACGGCAAUCACUCGACUCAAAAGCAAAAGCACGAAAUCUGGAACGAAAAAUUCUCACAAGCGCAAACCGCACUACUCGAAUCCCAUUGGUAUCCUUUCCUCCACCAACAAAAAACUUCUCUCCGCAACGGCCUCAAAAAAAUUUUCCACGCCCUCGAUGAUAUCCCCGAACAACUCUGCACCCUACCCGCUGCAAUUCCCAUUCCUCUCGAACCUUUACAAGCCCUCAUCGCCUCCUGCAUUAACCGUUUCCGCGCCUUGCAGAAAAGACAUCUUAUCGCUUUUGAUAAAUUUACUAGCAAUAUCAAACUCGACUCCACACGAGAUAUUCCCACGGGAUAUUUCACCCAAGCCAUGUAUCCUCUCUAUGAAGCUUGCAAUUCCGAUCGCGAAGGUCGAGGAAUUACGAAGAGGCAAUUGGGAGCUUUGAGGAAUCAUCUUCUUUUAGGCGAU